UUAUGAGUUCAGCAACAAGUCCAUUAUCACCCCCUCCUAGGGCAACAAGUGCACCAAUUUCUACACUUAAUUUGAAUUCCUUUUCUGAUUCGACUGCUGAAAGUUUGUCAAUUAAUUUUGCAAGAAAUAAAAAGGCACAAAUGGCUGCUAGAGCUUUGUUUGAAUUAGUGCAUAAUUAUGGGGAUAAUUUGAGAGAGGUUUUUUUGUUGUUAAAUUUUGGUGAUGUUUAA